GAGAAGAGGAGGAGGAGGAAGAAGAAUAGGAAGAGGGAGGCGUGUUGCUCUGCUGCUUCUGGAAAAAAAUCCACUCCAGACAGACGAACUUCCUCCUCUCCUGCACGGCCAGCUUUAAAAACUCCACUCCCACAACAUUUUCUCCCCCUCUCCACGCUGACUCGCCAUCAGAGAGGAGGAGGCUCUCCAGACGUUCACAGGCUCAUCCUUUUAUCAUUCUCUGCAUCCCUUUUCAUGUCUUCUGAGACUUCCUGAAGGACCUUUAAGAAAAAACAGAAUUUUUGCAUCUGCAGACAGGGGGGUGUUGUAUGUGACUGGAGAACAUGAGAGCUGAGGUGCUGGUCUUCUGGGCGGCUUUGACCCUCUGCUGGGCUCCGGUCGCGGCUCGAGAAGAUGUGGAGGAGGACGACAAACUCUCCGGGGACCCGGUUCAGGUGAGAGUCCCCCGAGGACUGGUCGAGCCCAGGAGACAGACGGAGGAAGGGGGGGACCAAAUGAAAGAUGAGCCGGCUGAAGUGGUGCAAGAGGAGAGCACAAAACCAAAGAAAAAGAAAACACCUGAGGAAAUUGAGGCAGCCAGGGCGAAGAAAGCAGCGGAGAAGGAAGCCAAAGCCAAGAAGCAGAAAGCUCCUAAACCCACCAAAAAGCCAAAAGGCCCCAAACCCACCAAGAAACCAAAAGCACCAAAACCCACAAAGAAGCCGAAGGCACCCAAAGCCACCAAGAAACCAAAGGAGACGACCACGGUGCAGCCCAAAACCACGCGUCCGUCUCUGGACCAGGAAGAGGAACUGGGCUGGGACGCACUGAUUCCACCUGUGACCCCAACGGCGCCCGGAUGGGAGGAGCCCGUCGAGCCAGGCCUCGAUGACAUGCCUGGUGGACGCCAAGAUAACAGAAAGACCACGACUACUGAGGUCAUCAUGUACAUACCAGAGGAAGCCACCACCGUCCCGUAUGUCGGCCCCUGGUACGAAGAGUACGAUUACGCCGACCUGGCCGCUAAGAAACAAGAAGAGGAGGAGGAGAGAGCUCGCAAGGAAAAGGCAGAAAAGGCGGAAAAAGCCGAGCAGCAGAGGAAGAAGUGGGAGGAGGAGGAAGAGGAGAGACUGAAGCAGAUCUCUGUGCCGCUGGAGCCAAAAAAGUGUCCUCCUCUGGGCUUGGAGUCUCACCGGGUGGAGGACGACCAGCUGCUGGCCUCCUCUCAGUCUCACCACGGCUUCACGGCUCAGAGGGGGCGGCUCAACAUGCAGGGCUCCAAGGACGAGGACGACCUGUACGGAGGAGCGUGGUGCGCCGAGCCAGAGGAGAAGAACCACUGGUUCGAGGUGGAUGCGCGCCGGGAGGUGGAGUUCACGGGGGUCAUCACUCAGGGAAGAAACUCCGAGCAGCUGGAGGACUUUGUGUCGUCCUACUUCGUGGCGUUCAGCAACGACAGUCGGGACUGGACAACGCUGCAGGACGGCUACGCUGAAUGGUUGUUCUACGGGAACGUGGACAAGGACACGCCGGUGCUGGGUCAGUUCAGCCCCCCCGUGGUGGCGCGCUACAUCCGCAUCCUGCCGCAGAGCUGGAACGGCAGCUUGUGUCUUCGAGCCGAGAUCCUGGCCUGUCAGCUCCCCAGCAGCUACCGCAGUGAGAACGACGUCAACCCGUCCGAUGACCUGGACUUCAAACACCACAACUACAAGGACAUGAGACAGAUGAUGAAGGUGAUAAACGAAGAGUGUCCCAACAUCACCAGGAUCUACAACAUCGGUAAAAGCUCUCAGGGCCUGAAGAUGUACGCCAUGGAGAUCUCCGACAACCCCGGGGAGCACGAGACCGGUGAGCCUGAAUUUCGGUACACAGCCGGUCUGCAUGGGAACGAGGCGCUGGGUCGAGAGCUUCUCCUCCUGCUGAUGCAGUUUCUGUGCAAGGAGUACAACGAUGGGAACCCCCGAGUGCAGCGCCUGGUGGACGGAGUGAGAAUACACCUGGUGCCCUCGCUCAACCCCGACGCUUACGAACUGGCCUUCGAGAUGGGCUCGGAGAUGGGGAACUGGGCGCUGGGCCACUGGACCGAAGAAGGUUACGACAUCUUCCAGAACUUCCCCGACCUGAACAGCGUCCUGUGGGGAGCCGAGGACCGAGGCUGGGUCCCUCGCGUCGUGCCCAACCAUCACAUCCCCCUCCCGGAAAACUUCCUCAACGGCUCUCUCGCUACUGAGACAAAAGCCAUCAUUUCCUGGAUGGAGCGCAACCCGUUUGUGCUCGGCGCUAAUUUGCAAGGAGGAGAAAAACUGGUGGUGUACCCGUUUGACAUGCAGCGUCCAGCAAUAUCUCUGACCGACAGCCAGCGGUGGAGAAGCAACGCCAACAUGAACGAGGAGACGUGGGCUCGCAUCCAGCGGCAGAGGGAUGGGUCUCUGAGGGAGACGCCAGACGACGCCAUGUUCCGCUGGUUGGCGAUGUCGUACGCCCACAGCCACCUCACCAUGACGGAGACCUACCGGGGCUCCUGCCAUGGCGACGACGUCACCGGGGGACAGGGCAUCGCCAACAGAGCCAGCUGGGAUCCAGUGGUGGGCAGUAUGAACGACUUCAGCUACCUGCACACCAACUGCUUCGAGCUGUCCAUCUUCCUGGGAUGUGACAAGUUUCCUCACGAGAGCGAGCUGCCGCUGGAGUGGGAGAACAACCGCGAGGCUCUGCUGUCCUUCAUCGAACAAGUUAACCGAGGGAUUAAGGGUGUCGUGAGAGACGUGGAGGGGAACCCGCUGCCCAACGUCACCAUAUCCGUGGAGGGGAUCCGGCAUGAUGUCAAAACGGCUCCCGGCGGCGACUACUGGCGGCUGCUGAACCCCGGCGAGUACCGGGUGACGGCCAAGGUUGACGGCUACACCCCUCAGACCAGACUCUGCAUGGUGGGCUACGACUCGGGGGCCACGUCCUGCAGCUUCACCUUGGCCAAAUCCAACUGGGACCGCAUCAAACAGAUCAUGGCGCUCCACGGCAAGAGGCCCAUUCGACUGGUCCCCAAAGUCACCGAGGUGAAGACCACCGCCGCCAGCAGCCCGGCGACCACCGCCGCCGGCACCGGCGACGGUGCUAGCGCGCAGAACGCAGAGCGACUCCGGCGGCUCCGGAUCAUGCGUCUACGCCGGCUGCGUCAGCAGAGACUACGAGCCGGUCUCGGCACAACUCCCGCUACCACGACGACGACCACGACGACGACAACAGCAGCCCCGACGACAAUACCGGAAACGGAGAGGACAACGUCCUGGUACGACUCCUGGUUCCCGGUGGACAGUUUGAUGACGGAGAACCCGUUCGACCGAGUCGACUUUAACUCGGAGUCCACGCAGGACUAUCCCUUUGAAUACACUAUUGAUUGAAUGUAACAUUCAGAAACCCCACGUCUAUGUAAACUUCACUAACCACAACACCACAGCUUUAAUAAAAAUAAAUACAAAAACAGAUAGGUCGUUAAUUAUUCAGUUCCCAGAAAGUUUUCACUCGUUGGGUGAACAUUGAGAGAUUUUUCCCCCAAUGUUUUUAUCCAUUUUCAAUGCGCCUUUUUGUUGUUUUUUCCCACAUUUUGGGACAUUUUUCCACUUUUUACGUUACUUUAUCACUAUUUCCCAAUGCUAUAAGUGGAGAUGAAUGUGACUUUAACCCUUGUGUUGUCUCCCAUUGACGAUGCAACUUUAGUUUUUAUGGGUAUGAAUUUAAAAUUCAAACUUUUGGUUUGUCUUUUGUUGACACAUUUGUCCCUUUCCCGACGUUUUUGGACACUUUUUCUGAUUUUGGUUUCCAUUUUUUCUUUGCUUUUUGACGUUUGUUGUUGUUUUUUCCCACAUUUUUGGAAACUUUUUCCUCUUUUUUAGUGUUACUUUAUCACUUUUUCCCAAUGCUAUAAGUGGAGAUGAAUGUACCUUUAACUUUAACUUUAAUUUUGCGGCCUAAGGGAUGGGGUGAGUGUGUUUGGAUCUAGAUUCAACCCCCCCCCCCCCCCCCCUUGAAGGCAGGUUUUGCAAACUACGGCAGCCUGACAACACGUGUUCUGAUCCCAGAUCCUGCUGCAGGUGAACGGUGUUAUAAUCUCAACAAACAGGGAAAUGACUCGAAAGCACAGGCGUAACCAAAAGUGGAUUUUUUAAAAGUUUGAAUUCUUUCUAUUUUUGAAAUUGUUGCUUUUUUCAGAGUUUGAGACACCUUUUUCCAUUUUUUUUUUGGAACAAUUUGGGACAUUUUGUCGCCUAUUUUUGACAUUUUUAAAACAGUUUUCGCUGCUUUUUUCUGUUUUCUCACCUUUUGAGUUUUUGUCGUUUUUCGAGGGUUUUUUCAGAUGUCGCUUCUUUUUGUUGUUUUUUUAAAUACACAAUCUCCAGAUUCAAGAUUACUUCAUCGUCAUACCACAGCACACUGUAGCACGACAUUACGUGCAACGUUCACAACUUAAAAGAAUACAGCACAGAAACAAUUAAAAGCAUCGUCAAACAAUGUCAAGUUAUUAGUUAUAAGAAUUAAAAAAUAAAUAAAUGCUUAUAUGGGUGUGCAGAGCAUGUAGAGAGAUAAAUAUAAAUAUAUAGCAUCUAAAAAAACUGAACAUUUAAAUAUUUAGAUACUAGAGACAUACAGUUGGGAAGAAGUACAAGUAUGGUAUAAAUAUCCGUAUUUAAAGUAAAAUAGUGUGACGUAAAAUAAAGUAAAUGUUGAACCCAAAGUUACACCCUGGCUCUACAGACAGUUUAACCACAGCCAACGCUUCCUUGUGCAUGACAUGUUUUGCAUACUGAACCAAAAAUAAAACUGUGGGCACAUUCAAUCUUUUCCUCGUGUGUUUUCUUUCCUGCUCCGACCAUCAGAGAACAUACCAGGUAUGGUUUCAUGUUUCAGCAAACGGAGCGGACAUGUUCCUCAUCGCUCAGCGGCAGGAAGUGGAGUCAGAUGUCCAAAAACUGAAUUCAA